UUUCUUUCUUUCUUUCAUUUCUUUUCAUUUCUUUCAUUUCUUACACUCUCCUUCUCUUUCUCUUUCUCUUUCUCUUUCUCUUUCUCUUUCUCUCCUCUCCUCUCACACCUUAACAACCCAUCCACACUCAACCACAUCCAUUCACACAUUCAUCCACACAUUCAUCCACAAUACAACAAUGAGCCCUCAACUCUUCUCCUCCUCACUCAUCUCCCCUGCUGUUCAGGCACACCUUCCUGAGGGUUACCUGAUCCGUCCACUUGAAAUGGCUGAUUACCACAAGGGUUACUUUGACUGCUUAGCCGGCCUAACAGUCGUAGGCUCCGUCUCUGAGGAACAGUUUCAACAGACAUUCGAGUCCAUGCUCCGGUGCCAGAAUGUUUACUAUAUCGUCGUCAUUGAGGAUCAAAAGGCCUCACGCGUCGUCGCCACCGGUACCCUAGUCGUCGAGCAAAAGUUCUUGCGAGGAUGUGCCAAGGCGGGUCACAUUGAGGACAUUGUUGUGCACGACUCUCAGCGUGGCAAGAAAUUCGGUAUUCGACUUAUCGAUCAGCUACGAUAUCUGGGCACAGCCAUUGGAUGCUACAAGCUACUCCUGACCUGCUCUGAAACGAAUGAGCCUUUCUACCAAAAGUCUGGAUUUGAGCGCAAGGACCUGCAUAUGGCUCAAUACAUUAACCAUCCACUACCACCACCACAACAACAACAACAACAACAGACACUGCCACAUUCACAACCCAUCCCUGUUCCUGUUCCUGUUCCUAAAAGACUGCCUUUACCGAGACUGGAAACACUACAUUGUCCUCAACUCGUGAAUUCACCCCCGUAGCUGCGCCCAACUCAAAAUUAUCAGAGAGCACCAGCUGCAGUGAGCAUUGUGAAUCCAACAUCAACCCAAGGUCACUCAACACCCAUGGUCUUCCUCUCGAG